AUGGCAAAUAUCGCUGCACAGAGGAUCAAACGGGAAUUCAAAGAGGUUAUUAGAAGCGAGGAGGUUGCAAAAUGUGCCAUUAAACUAGACCUCGUCGAUAACAACUACACAGAACUAAGAGGUGAAAUUGCUGGCCCACCCGACACAGCCUACGAAGGAGGCAAUUUUGUUCUAGAAAUCAAAGUACCUGAAACCUACCCUUUCAAUCCCCCUAAGGUUCGAUUUAUAACAAAAAUUUGGCAUCCAAACAUUUCUUCAGUGACAGGAGCGAUAUGUUUGGAUAUUUUAAAAGAUCAAUGGGCUGCUGCAAUGACUCUCAGAACAGUUUUACUGUCAUUACAAGCCCUUCUAUCAGCAGCUGAACCAGAUGAUCCACAAGAUGCUGUGGUGGCUAGACAAUACAAAGAAAAUGUAGAAAUGUUCAGAUUAACAGCUAGACAUUGGACAAAUGCUUAUGCUGGAGGGCCUAAUGCGAAUCCUGAAUGUGAUGAAAAAAUCAAACGCCUGGUUGAUAUGGGUAUUGAAGAGCACCAAGCAAGAGUAGCCCUAUCGUCAUACAACUGGGAUUUAGAAAGGGCCACCGAACAACUGUUUAGUUAG